AUGGAGAAGUUCCACGAUCUGAUCCGCAAUCAGGCGCUCCUUUCAGCGGCUUGCGUAAAGCAAUCCAGCAGUCCCCCCUUGCCGUCCGUGACCUCGGAAAAGCGCCAUCGCUGUCCGACGUGUGGGCAGGGCUUUCACCGUGCUGAACACCUCAAGCGCCAUCAAACCCGACAUACCGGUGCAAAGCCGUUUUCGUGUACCUUUUGUGGACGAGACUUUUCGCGCAAGGAUCGUCUGCAGACGCACUACAACAGCUGUCAAUGGCGGGGAGACCGCGAAGCACCCAGUUCAGUGCCGAAAGGUCGUCGGCCUCAUGCAUGCGCAACCUGCGUGUCGUCCAAAAUCCGUUGUGAUGGGGGGAAUCCUUGCACGCAGUGUACGAAGAAGAACGUCGAGUGCCAGCAGAAGCUCGCGACAAAAGAGGAUACACCUGGUAUGUUGUGCAAUGCCGACUUUUGUGCAAUAUCAUUCGAAAAGCUAGGCCCGACGGACGACAGGGUAUCCAUCAAAGCCUUACUCAAUGGCGGGACCGACACUUUCACCGAGACAUUCAACCUACCACCUUCUGACCUCAGGGUCAAAAGUCUUCAAUUCCAUCAGAAGCAAAAGGAAGCGGAGGAGACGAGACCUACGACUCCGGCUGUGGCCGACGUCAGUCCACAAUCAAUUGAUUACACUGGCAUGUUCGAAUCUUUUAUUGACAUGAAUGAGCAAUACUUGGAUUUUUGGAAUGGUCCAUUCGGCUUGAUCCCCUCACCAAAUUACUCGGACAUGCAAUUGGAUCUCUACAAUCCGUCCACCAAUCUAUCUGGGGAGAUGCGACACGGGUCGAUUGCGUCUGAAAGCACACCCCUCCAACCAUCCGAACAAGCCCAGUACGUUUCGUCCGUCAACAUGGCGAUCUACAACAAACUCUGGUGUCUGGCAUUGGACGAGAAGACUCGGCAAGAACUGACAUCAUGUCUAAAUUUCCUCCUCACACCCGAAAAGAUUCCCAGGUUCAUCUCCAUGUAUUUUCGGAACUGGCACCUGAAUUGUCCGAUGCUGCACAAACUGUCCUUCGAUCCAUCAAAGGUGCCCACAACACUGGUGAUAAGCAUCGUCUUUGUCGGAGCGAUGUACUCGAAAGACCAGACGGAAAGGCUGGCCGCCAAAAGGCUAGUCGACAUCGCCGAACUGGUCAUCUUCGACUCGGAGAUAUUUUCCUUUGACACGGAAAUCAUCAGGUCCUUGCAAGACAACUCGGUACAACAGCCUGCUGGUCCUGCCACCGAUCCUUCUCAAGACGCCGACUGGCAGACCUUCCAGGAGUUGCAGGCCGGGUUUCUGAUGGUGAUUGCUCAAUACUGGGCCGGUCCACGGAUACCCAAACGCCGGGCCCUGGAAUCGCGACUUGGUGAAGUGAUCAAAAUUGUUCGGAAGUACAAGUACCACCAUGCGCGUCAUCAGCGAUCUGACCGAAUAUCGGAGACCUUGUGGCUGCAGAAAGAAUCACGCAUCCGGACCAUUGCAAGCAUUGCCCUACUGGACUGUGCAGGACGAAUAUAUUCGAACUUCCCUUGCCGCAUGACGCUGGCUGAGUACGAUACAGACCUACCGUGCAAGGAAGCCAUCUUCAGUUCACGCCAUCCCUUCAUGCAGGACGACUCGAUAUUCGCUCCAAGAAUAACCAUAUCACAAGCCUUUGCUCAGCUGUUUCAGGGCAAACCCAAGCCACUACUAUCUUCGUCAAUGGCUUUGGUAAGAUCGAACAGUGUCGCCAGCGAGACAGUGCCGUCAAUGGACGCUAGUGGCGAUUUCACUCCGUUUGACCUGUUCAUAUUGAUCCAUUUUCUAUACACAUACAUUCACUCAUGUAUCAUGACGCUAUCGCACAACUUGCCCGCAACCUCUCUCGGUGAGAAGAUUGACGGACACAACUCGAAUCCGAUUUUCCAGGAUCUCAAGGGUGCACUGGAACGAUGGCGUCAGUUGUGGCAGGCUCUCCGCAACAAAGAGACGGACGAAUCCAUGAAGACUGCAGGGAUGUACCGCAACUCCUUCCAUUUCUGGCUCGUUUGCCAGCUCAUUGUGAGCAAAGAAGAGGCCGUUGAUGUGAUUACCGGAAUGGAGGUAAACUGUGAGGAUGCUUUGACGAAGCUCAAGGUUCUUUUUCACAACGACAACGAGCAUGACUGA